GCUUUUGUUGUUGUUUUUUUCUCAAGCGUGACUGAAAUUCUAAAUGAUAGAACUUACAUAGGGUAUACCAAAGGCAGGACAAGAUGCCUUCUGACACUAUCAUACAUGAUUACAUAGCUGGAGCGAUAGGAGGGGCGGCUGGACUAGUUGUCGGACACCCGUUUGACACAACAAAGGUGCAGCUGCAGACACAGCACCAUGGCCACCAGUACCGGGGAACGCUGGACGCCAUUAAAAACAUACACUCAUUCGGAUGGAUCCGGGGCUUCUACCGCGGUUUAUCUUGGCCGCUUGUAUCAUUCGGCGUCGUCAAUUCGGUCUUCUUCGGUGUUUACGGCCACGUCCUAAAGACGCUUGAGUCCGACCGAGAAAAGCGGACGUCUAGUUACUUCAAUAUCUACAUUUCCGGGUGCGUGGGCGGGGCCGCUCAGCUGGUGUUUGUAGUUCCGGUUGACUACAUAAAGACGGCCUUACAGUCACAGAUUCCGCAUGAAGUGACCGGUGCUGCUUCAGGAGCGAAUCGACAGUACUUCAAAGGACCUCUUCAAUGCGCGAAGGCAAUUUUCAAGGAACGAGGGAUUAUGGGGUUUUACAAAGGGGGCGUGGCAAUGGGAUUACGAGAGAUCCCCUCCUACGGGAUAUAUUGUCUAUCGUUUGAAGUAUUAAACGCAGAGAUGAAAACCAGGGGCCUAACAGACGAACGCGGGGUCAUUGCAAGUCUAGUUUCCGGCGGAAUUGCUGGAUCCCUCACGUGGGCCUCAAUCAUUCCCUUUGACGUCAUCAAGAGUCGGUACCAGGCGGACUUUGCCGGAGAGUACCAAGGAUUUCUUCAUUGUGCUCGAUGUCUCUACAAAGAAGGUGGUGUGCGGAUAUUCUAUACGGGUUGCUUAGUAACAUGUCUCAGGGCAUUUCCGGUUAACGCCGUUACGUUCACUGUAUAUACACAUUCUUUGAAAUACUUCGAAAAACAUUUUUGAAUGUUUCACGGAGUCGUCAUCAGCAUCCACAUAGCGCGUGUGACAGUACAUUGUCUCUAUACGGGUCGAAAUGCUUCUGUGAAGCAAAAUAACAUCCUGAAUUCAUUAAUGUAUAAUUUAACAGUUGGGAAUCCUGUUCCAACCUGUAGGAUCAAAAUACACUCAGUUUUGCAACCGUCCCAAAUGUGGAUUAUAUGUUUGCAUGUUGCCACCAUUUGUUAUCUUUGCUAAUCGAUAUUUAAGCUUA